UCCGGCCGGUCUGGAGGUGUUUCUUACUGUUUUUCCUCUUCUUCCGUCUCCUCCCCUUUGCCUCAAGACUGGGCACCUUCAGGCCAGCUUGCUCGGCCCGUUCCCCAAUCUCGUACGUGGCCCCUUCCGUUUGGCGUUUGCUCUUUUGCCUCUGUCCAUUUCUCGCGUUGUUUCACUUUCUUGCCUGUCGACAUGGCUUGCUGUACCACACGGGGCUUGUAUGCAGCACGAGCCACGCCUGCUUUUGUGCUCUCUCGCCUAGUCGCCGCCCUUCUCCGGCUCCAUCCGGUACCAUCUUGUCGGGGCCAGCUGGACGGGUUUGACUUAAUUCACGAUGCUUUUGUCACCUUUGUCGGACACGGCUUCCGGCAGCACCGGCCGCGACAGUCUCAGAAUGCGCCCUCCUCACGGCCGACUAGCACUGACGUUGUUGUUUGGGAUUUUCACUCGCCAACAGUGCUCGCUCCCUGCUCAGUCGUGCCUGUUGGUCGGUGUUGUGUAACUGCCGCCACAGGCUGGAGGCAUUCACGCGUUGCGCGGCCAACUUGUCACCAACUUCCGGUUUGCCAAGUCGCCUCAACCGGCUCGUCUGCGAGGCUUCUCUCGCCUCGUCGUCUGCUGCUUGGCCUGCCCGAUUUCGGUCUCGGUUUUGGUUUUGGUUUUGGUUUCGGUUUCGGUUACAGUCUCUGCAAGAAUGGGCUCCAUCUCAGAGGCGUGACGCUGACGCACGACGCCCGGGACCGUUUACACACCCACUCGAAAGGGAGCUGGCGUUUGUCUCACUUGGUCUGUCUCAACCUGGCCAUCGUGUUGGAGCCGAGCAGGGCUGCGGAACAACGCAACUCGGCUGUCGUUUUUCUGCGAGACCAAUCUGCCAACCAAACGACCAACUAG